UAAUACGCUUGAGCACAGACAUUACCCAUGAUCCAUUGUAAGCAUUGACUGAUUCAACAUGGCGCCGACCGCAGCAACAGAACAGAAGAAAACUGAAAAGGAGAGCAAAAAAGACGAAGCUAAGGCUAAAGAUGAACCGAAAAGAGAAGAAGAAGUCGAGUUGAGUGAAGAAGAUAAACUACUUCAGGAGGAACUCACAAUGCUGGUGGAAAGGUUGAAAGAAAGAAAUGUGUCGUUGCACAAGCCCGCUUUGGAAGCACUCCGCUCACAAAUCAGGGCAAGCACAAGCUCCAUGACAUCUGUGCCCAAACCACUCAAGUUCCUGAGACCCCAUUAUGCUAGCAUGAAGGAGGUUUAUCAGGGCUGGCCAGAUGGAGAAAACAAGCGUUUCUUGGCGGAUAUCAUCUCUGUGCUUGCCAUGGUCAGUGAAGGCAGAGAGUGUCUACAGUUCAGAAUGUUGGGAUCUAAAGAAUCCCUGGAAUCAUGGGGACAUGAAUAUGUGAGACACUUGUCAGAAGAGAUCAGAGCAGAGUAUGGAGAAAGGCUUUGUAAAGAGAUCACCAUAGAACAGCUAGUUGGUCUAGCACAGGAGAUCAUCCCAUACAACAUGCAGCACAAUGCUGAGACCGAUGCAUGUGAUCUGCUGAUGGAGAUUGAGCGGCUGGACCUUCUAGAGGGUUACACCGAUAAAAACAACUUCCAGAGAGUCUGUCUCUAUCUCACAAGCUGUGUAAACUAUGUUCCUGAGCCAGAGGAUUCCACUCUGCUGCGUACUGCCCUGAGCAUCUUCAGGAAGUUUGACAGACAGCCUGAGGCUCUGCAACUAGCCAUCCAACUAAAUGAUAUUGAGCUGGUCAAAGAAAUCUUCCUAUCAUGUACUGGAAGCGAGGAGAAAAAGCUUAUCCAAAGACAGAUGGCAUUUAUGCUGGCACGUCAGCAGAUUUUCCUGGAGUUGGACGAGGACAUGGAUGAUUAUGAAGACCUCAUGCUCAUCAUGUCAAACUCAUUACUCAACAAUAACUUUCUGAGUCUUGCCCGUGAGUUGGAUAUCAUGGAGCCUAAGGUUCCAGAGGAUAUUUACAAGACACAUUUGGAAAAUAAAGGCAUUUCAAGUGGUGUAUCGUUGGACUCUGCCAGACAAAAUCUAGCAUCUUCCUUUGUGAAUGCAUUUGUCAAUGCUGCAUUUGGAGUGGACAAGCUAUUGACAGAAGAUGGCAAUAAGUGGAUUUAUAAGAACAAAGAACAUGGUAUGAUGAGCACCACAGCAUCACUUGGACUUAUUUUAUUGUGGGAUGUGGAUGGAGGUCUGACACAAAUAGACAAGUACCUCUACUCAUCUGAUGAUUAUAUCAAGGCUGGAGCUCUUCUUGCUUGUGGAAUUGUUAACUCUGGUGUUCGUAAUGAGUGUGAUCCUGCCCGGGCCCUUCUCUCUGAUUAUGUCCUCCAUAGUAGUAACAUAAUGCGACUUGGGUCAGUUGUUGGGCUGGGUCUAGCUUAUGCUGGGUCUAAUAGUGAAGAUAUCUUGUCAUUGUUACUUCCCGUACUAACAGACUCCAGAUCUAAUGUUGAGGUGACGGGGAUGGCUUCUGUUGCUAGUGGUAUGGUGGCUAUUGGAACAUGUAAUGGUGAAGUGACAUCAACCAUCUUACAAGCAAUGAUGGAACAAACAGAAGUCCAAGUCAAGGAUUCUUACUCACGUUACUUAGCUCUAGGACUUGGAUUAACCUUCCUUGGAAAACAAGAAGCUGCAGAAGCUACCCUUGAAGCCCUGAAGGUCGUACCACAGCCUUUAGGCCGAUGGGCAUCUAUCUUAGUGGAGAUAUGUGCAUAUGCAGGUACCGGCAAUGUACUAAAGGUGCAGAACCUGCUACAUCUGUGUAGUGAACACUUUGACCAGAAAGAGGGGGAGGAGAAGGAGAAGUCUAAAGAAUCCAAGGAAAAGAAGGAGGAAGAGAAGGAAGAAGAUGGUAGCCAUCAGGGCAUUGCUGUGCUUGGUAUUGCACUUAUCGCUAUGGGCGAGGAGAUUGGUGCUCAGAUGGGCCUGAGGGCAUUCAAUCAUUUGUUGCAGUAUGGCGAGCCUGUCAUUCGUCGGGCUGUGCCGCUGGCACUUGCCCUGCUCUCGGCCUCCAAUCCCCAGCUGCCAAUCAUCGAUACACUUAGCAAGCUUUCCCACGACAGCGAUGCUGAAGUCGCACAUAAUGCCAUCUUUGCCAUGGGUAUUGUUGGUGCAGGGACAAACAACGCACGGUUGGCAGGUAUGCUUCGCCAACUCGCUAUGUACUAUCACAAGGAUGCCAACAAUCUGUUCAUGGUCCGCCUUGCUCAGGGCCUAGUGCACAUGGGUAAAGGCACGCUAGUCGGUUAACAAGCGAAGAAAGUAACGUUGGUAAAUGUGUAUUUAACAGGGCCUAGUGCCCAUGGGUAAAGGCACGCUAGUCGGUUAACAAGCGAAGGAAGUAACGUUGGUGAAUGUAUUUAACAGGGCCUAGUGCACAUGGGUAAAGGCACGCUAGUCGGUUAACAAGCGAAGGAAGUAACGUUGGUGAAUGUGUAUUUAACAGGGCCUGGUGCACAUCGGUAAAGGCACGCUAGUCGGUUAACAAGCGAAGGAAGUAACGUUGGUGAAUGUGUAUUUAACAGGGCCUGGUGCACAUGGGUAAAGGCACGCUAGUCGGUUAACAAGCGAAGGAAGUAACGUUGGUGAAUGUGUAUUUAACAGGGCCUGGUGCACAUGGGUAAAGGCACGCUAGUCGGUUAACAAGCGAAGAAAGUAACGUUGGUGAAUGUGUAUUUAACAGGGCCUAGUGCACAUGGGUAAAGGCACGCUAGUCGGUUAACAAGCGAAGGAAGUAACGUUGGUGAAUGUGUAUUUAACAGGGCCUAGUGCAUAAGGGUAAAGGCACGCUAGUCGGUUAACAAGCGAAGGAAGUAAUGUUGGUGAAUGUGUAUUUAACAGGGCCUAGUGCAUAUGGGUAAAGGCACGCUAGUCGGUUAACAAGCGAAGGAAGUAACGUUGGUAAAUGUGUAUUUAACAGGGCCUAGUGCAUAUGGGUAAAGGCAUGCUAGUCGGUUAACAAGCGAAGGAAGUAACGUUGGUGAAUGUGUAUUUAACAGGGCCUAGUGCACAUGGGUAAAGGCACGCUAGUCGGUUAACAAGCGAAGGAAGUAACGUUGGUGAAUGUGUAUUUAACAGGGCCUAGUGCACAUGGGUAAAGGCACGCUAGUCGGUUAACAAGCGAAGGAAGUAAUGUUGGUGAAUGUGUAUUUAACAGGGCCUAGUGCAUAUGGGUAAAGGCACGCUAGUCGGUUAACAAGCGAAGGAAGUAACGUUGGUAAAUGUGUAUUUAACAGGGCCUAGUGCACAUGGGUAAAGGCACGCUAGUCGGUUAACAAGCGAAGGAAGUAACGUUGGUGAAUGUGUAUUUAACAGGGCCUGGUGCACAUGGGUAAAGGCACGCUAGUCGGUUAACAAGCGAAGGAAGUAACGUUGGUGAAUGUAUUUAACAGGGCCUAGUGCACAUGGGUAAAGGCACGCUAGUCGGUUAACAAG